AUGGACAAGCUAGUAGAGUUGUAUGUGCGAGAAGUGUUGACGUUACAUGGAGUACUAGAAAACAUAGUGUCAGAUCGGGAUCCUAGAUUCACCUCACGGUUUUGGCAAUCAUUGCAAGCUGCAUUGGGUACAAAGUUGACAAUGAGCUCAGCUUAUCACCCUCAGACGGAUGUUACCACUCUAGUAUUGGCAUGGCGCCCUAUGAAGCACUGUAUGGAAGAAGGUGUAGAACUCCAUUGUGUUGGUAUCAAGAUGAGUCGGCAGAAGUCUUAUGCCGAUAAGAGAAGACAACCAUUGGAGUUUGAGGAAGGAGACCAUGUAUUUCUCCGAGUUACUCCAACCACGGGCAUCGAAAGGGUUCUUAAAUUAAGGAAGUUGACUCCGAGAUUUAUAGGACCUUUUCAGAUUACACGAAGGAUUGGAACAACGACAUAUGAGAUUUCAUUACCACCUCACCUAGCCAACUUGCAUAACGUGUUCCAUAUCUCGCAAAUGAGGAAAUACAUUGCAAGUCUGGAUCAUGUGUUAGAAUCAUAUGAGGUGCAAGUGCGAGAGGAUCUGACCAUGCCAGUCGGACCGGUUCGUAUAUUGGAUGCUCAAGUCAAGCAACUAAGGGGCAAGGAGAUAAGGACAGUGAAGGUGCUUUGGGAUGAGAUGACGUGGGAGAUGGAGGAUCUCAUGAGAAGGUCUUAUCCUCACUUGUUUCCUAGUAGGUUCUAUUUUUGA